AUGGACGCGCUCGUCUCGGCGGCGCUCGAGGAGGUGUGCGCCCGCCUCUCGCCCGGCCUCCCGGUGACCGACCUCUGGCCGGCGCUCCGCGGCGCGCUCGAGGCGGCCGGACUCCCUCUCGGCCUAGCUGUCAAGAGCGCCCUCUGGGCCCGCCUCAUCGCCCUCCCCGUCAUCAGCCUCGUGGUGGGGGAGGGGGACGGGGUGCCCGUCGACCCGGUGGAGAAGAACGUGGAGGAGGCCGAACGGCGGAGCGUGCGGUUGGUUGCUAGCGCAGCCCUCAGGGACAACUUCCUCGGGAUGUAUGACCGCAGGCUCGCAAAAUCGGAGCUGAGCGCCGUCCAGAAGGCUACGCUCGAACGUAUCGGGGCAAGCAGGACUUCUGGUGUAACACAAAACGAUCUAAGCAAAACUUUCCGAAUGAAAGGAAACAACUUCCAUUUUAUUGUAAAGAGCCUUGAAUCGCAGCGGUUAAUUGUUCGGCAUUCAACUAUCAUAAAGGUUAAAGACCAUGGAGCUGAUGUCGAUGAUGCUGCCCAGAAUAAACAAAUCAUCAAUACUAACUCACUAUAUCUCUCACGUUAUGCCAAAAACCUUAAUAUGAAUUCACACCAAAGAAUUGAGAUCAUAAAGCCUGAACUAUUGGGCAGCAACGAAGAGACCAAUGCAGAUGUUUUGCAAGAUGGGGCUUUUAGUGUAAAUGACAAGAACGAUGUAUCUAUUCAUGAUUAUCUUCCAGCAAUGAAAGCCAUAUGCGAUAAACUAGAAGAAGCUAGUGGAAAGACUCUUGUUGUGUCGGAUAUAAAAGUAGAUCUCAAUUACAGGAUGGCAUAUGGGCACAGAGCAUGGAGAAAUGUACUGCAUAGGCUAAAGGAUGCACAACUUAUUGAAGAAUUUGAUGCCAAAGUUGAUGACAAGGUUAUUCGCUGUUUACGUCUGUUGAAGAAAUUUGAUCCAAAUGAAUUUCAGCCAAAAAGUACAACCUCAAAUUACAAACUUGGAAAGAAAGACCAGUCAACUGAUCAAGUUAUGGAGCUCCCAUUAGAGACUUGUAUAUACGAUAUGAUCAAUGCUCAAGGUCCAAAAGGAAUAACCCUUGUUGAGCUUGGCAAACGUCUUGGGCACAACAAUUCAAAAAGGCUUCAUAAGCGAGUGUCAUCCAUGCUUGAAAAAUACAAUUUGACUUGGGAAGCUGAAGUUCCAGACAAGACAUCACAAUACCGAGUUUGGACUUUGAAAAACUUCUCACACUACAAAGCUGGUACUGCUCUGCAUAAUUUUGAGGAACCGCCAGAUGAUCAUGACAAGUGUUCUGAUUUGUGGUCACUAGUUCCAUCUAAAGGAUCAGAAUCUCCAAGAUCACAGGGUGAUUUAUUUGUUGAUAAUAACAAGGUUUUGUUGGAAGAAGAAUGUCUCAAUAAAUCAGCAGGGCAUCACCUCCAGAGUAACCAUGGAGCUCGCGUUGGAGUUUCUCAACUUGUCGAACAAGAUAAAAUUGCUUUGGGUCAGAGGAAGAGGCGUCGCUGCCCUCCGUUGACUUCUGAUGAUCGACGACAUAGGAGGAUUCUUCACAUGUUAAAGAAAAAGAAAUUUGUACUAAAGGUGGAGUUGCAUAAAUGGUUAGAGGGACUUGAAAAGGAAAAUGGAAAAAUAAUGGAUAGGAAGACAUUGACUCGCACUUUGAAUAAGCUUCAGGAAGAGGGCAGCUGUAGAUGCAUCAAAGUUAGUAUCCCUCUUGUUACGAACUACACCCGCAGUCGCCUCAUUGACGUAAUACUGCAUUCUAAUGUUGGAGACUUGUCACCGGAACUUGUGGAUCAAAUUAGGAAUAGACAAAGGGACUUUGAUACUGAAAUUCGCUCAGGUGCAGCAGGUAAAGUGAAGCAAAAUCAACAUACAACUGCUGUACUUGAUUUUAGGAUUCCACGCAGAGUUAAAGAUAGCAAACCAUUGAUAUUAGAAGCUAUGCAUGCCAAUGGAUUCAUUGGUGCAAAGAUGAUUCGAGCAAAGCUAUUCCAUAAAUUUCUAUGGGUAUAUAUUAGUGCUUUGCCAAAUUGGUGUAACCCAUUUGACAAUGUCAAAGAAGGACAUCAUGACAAGAACCUUAAUCAAUCGUCUGUGUUGUUUUCAAUGGUGGCAGCUACAAAAGAAAUGCCACUUGAACUCUUUCUGCAAGUUGUGGGAUCAGCAAAGAAGAUAGAUCACAUGACUACUAAGUGUAAGCUUGGAAAAACACUUUCAGAAAUUCCUACCGAGGAAUACAACCAACUCAUGGAUACUCAUGCCAAAGGCCGACUCUCACGCUUAAUAAAUAUUCUAGAUAAGCUCAAGCUGGUCCAACUUGCAAAGGAACUUGUAGAGGAUUCUGGUGGGCCAUCAGAUGCCUUGCCUACACAUUCGAUGGAGCUGAGGCCUUACAUUGAAGAACCUACACCAAGAAUUCUUCCAUCAUCCCAUGUUAAUGCAAACAAUGGACCAAAAAUUCGGCAUGAUUUUGUACUUUCAAGGCAGGAGUUUGUCGAUGCUUACUGGGAAACGCUAGAGUACUGUUAUUUAACAGCUGGCUUGGCUGAGCCAUCAAGUACCUUUCCUGGCUGUUCCGUACCAGAGGUUUCUCAUCCUCGUUCAUGGAGUUCACUUAGAGUAAUGACUACUGAGCAAAGAAUGGAGUUACAACGGCGCAUUGUGAAUGCCAGUGAGAAUGGAAAACUUCCUUUUAGAGAUUGUCGUAUAAUUGCAAGGGAACUGAAUCUUUCUGUACAGCAGGUGCUCUGUGCUUCCUCCUCUCAGAAUAGGCAACUUCAUGGACAGUCUAGCAUCCCUGCUGCACGAAAUCAGCGAAAAGUUAGUUCAGGAUCAACCUCUAAAAAAAGGAAAAGGUCUGCUGGUGAGAUUACCCAGAAAUUUAUCAAACAGCAUGUUGAAACCGGUGAAUCCACUGAACCCAGAGCAGCGCAGUCUAUCCCGGCCGAGGAGGUAUCUGGGACAAUCUCUCCAUCCACAUUCCGCACUGGUUCUCCCCAAAAUGCGGAUGAAGAUAAGACAAGCAGCCCAAGGAUCAGUCGAUCUACCAUCUUAAGAAGAAGUUGCAUGAGAGGGAAACGAUUUAUGUGGACAUACGAUUCUGACAGAAAGUUGCUGAUGAUAUACACUAGAUCCCGUGUAAUGCUUGGAGCAGGAACUCAUCGCGUAGAUUGGAACUCUCUCUCUGAUCUUCCAGCUCCACCAGCUGCAUGUCGUAGAAGGAUGGCAUACUUGAGAAACAAAGUAAACAUAAGACCAGCUGUCAGCCGAGUCUGUGACCUAUUAGGGGUACAAUACACUAGGUACCUUGAAAAGGAAAAGAGAUGGAAAUUGAAUGGAUUACCAUCUGAAAUCUCAAAUUCUGGUCACGAGAACUGCACGAAUCCAGAUUCUGAGCAAUUUGAUUGGGAUAAUUUUGAGGAUCCAGAAAUAAAAAGUGCACUUGAUGAAGUCCUUGAAUUCAUCCGAGUAGAAAAAAUGGAGCAGACCAGGAGAGUUGGGCCUAAGAAUGAAAGGAAUAAUGAUGAAAAUGAUGUCACCAAGGAAGUUCCAAAUGGCCAGGAACAGCCAGUUAUGCAAGGUGCAAGUACAUCCAGUGCAAGCACUGGAAUUGCAGAAAGUGGACUCCAUGAACAUGUGAAAUUCAGGCGUUCAAAUGCAAUCCGUGCAAGCAAAAACAUGGAUAUUCCAUGCAAAUCUCAUGAGAAGGACAUUAACCACAAUAAAGAUGAAAUUGCUAAAAGAGAUGUAUGCAGAUCCUUGGCAGUUGCAAAUGCCUUAGAGCUUCUAAAAUUGACUUUCCUCAGCACCUCAUCAGGGCCAGAAGUACAAGCUUCAUUAGCAGCAACCCUCCAGCUUUAUUCAGAGACUGAAAUUUUUACUGCCUUUUCCUUUCUCAGGGAGAAAAACUUCAUGGUAACUGGAGAUGGAACAAAGCCGUACACCCUCUCUGGAAAGUUCUUUUUUAAUGCUUCUCAUUCACCCUUCCCAUUUGGUUCAGGGAAAAAGGCUUCUGAGUUUUACCAAUGGGUUAUAGACCAGCAAAAGGAUACCAUGGAUGAUAGAGUUUGUUUGUAUCCAGAUCUACAAUGUGGAGAAAUUGUUCAGCUUUUUUCUCUGGUUUUGUCAGGAGAGUUGUUCAUUUCACCCUCAUUGCCAAGCGAAGGAGUUGGUGAGGCUGAUGAGCCUAAUAGCUCUAGUCUGUUCGUUGAAGAUAACAGUGAAUUGGAUGAUAGACCUCACAAACGCAAUGCUGAUAUGGUUAAACUUAAAAGCAGUAAUAAAACUAAGAAACACAAACCUUUGCCCAAGAUAGAAAGUGACUUUUGCUAUCGCCGAGAGAAAGGUUUUCCAGGUCUCCAAGUGGCUAUGAAUCAAGAAAGAAUCCAAACAAGUAAUCUCAUGCAAGUGUUGCAUGAUAAAGAAUGCCUUAUUUUUACUUCAGCCUGGGAAAUGGGGAGAAAGGAUGUUGAGUCACAGGUAGAAAGCCACAAUAUGUCUUCAUCGUAUCCAAGCAACUCCAGUUCAUGUCGGCGUUUACUGUCAGAAUCUCAUUUGGAGAACUCUUAUGGUGGAUGGCCUUGGGAUGCUAUGAAAACAUAUGCUGAGCAGUUACCAUCCAAUAAAAAUGAACCACUCAUAUUGUCUUCUGAUCUGUUCAGAAAUGCAUUUUGUGUUAUUCAUAAAUCUGGUGAACAAGGAGUUAAUUUGAGAGAGAUGUCACAAGCGCUGGGUCCUUUAGGCAUGCAGUUCAUCGAUGUGAUUGUUUAUACUCUUGAGAGAUUUCAGCUGGUUAUUAAGGUCAAUGCGUAUGAUGGUGUACAGAUUGUUGACUCUAUACAUAAGUCAAAAUAUCAUAUAACUACACUUGGAGACUGCAGACAUUGCAGUUGUUUGCAAGCUCCUGCUUUUGAAAUGGUAGACACUGGAGAUACAGAAAAUCUACUGAAAGAGAAGCAUGGAAUGUCUAGUGAUAUUCAGGGGACUGUGAAAAUGCUUGGUGAUGGGCACACUGUGACAGUUCUUAAUGUCCAAAGCAAGUCGAACUCACCUCAUAUAUGCAGUCAAAGUCCUGUAGGUCAGAAAAGGUCAUUUACUUCAUCACAAGACAACAGGGGCAGUGAAAGGCAUAUUUAUCACCCAAUAUUGCCAUGGAUAAAUGGUGAUGGAAGCAUGAAUAACACUGUCUAUGAAGGUCUAAGUCGUCGUAUUAUUGGAUAUAUCAUGCAAUAUCCAGGAAUAGUAGAGGAGGAUAUUAUCCAUCGGAUGGAUGUGUUGAAUCCGCAGAGCUGCCGGACCUUGUUGGGAAAGCUGAUGUUUGAUAAACACCUAUUUGCUCGGGUGUUUGAUGAACCUGCCCCUACAGGUCCUACCAUACUGCAGAGUCUUUUGAAGCAAGAUCUUUGUAAAGAAGCAUCCAAAUGUAAAAAGCGUUACUUUGCUAAUCCAACGAGUACAUUUCUGCUGUAAUGGACGCGGAUGGCUCCAUCCAGUGUGAAGUGAUAUCUGCUAUGAGCUGGUGAACAUGCUUUUUAUAGUCUGGUUCUGGUAUGAACUUGCUUUUAAGCCGAAUGCUAAACAAGUUCUGCGUAUUUUCAGCAA